UUAAACAAAACAACAACAACAACAAGUAAACAAUAUAUAAACUGUACAGUAGGUCUAGGUGGAAAUUUAUAUAUAGGAUAGCUUGUCAUCUUACAAUGCAGUUAGGCAGGUUGAGAUUUAGGAUGUAUAACCUGACCUUCAGGAAAUAUCUUUAUGAUAAUGAUAUGGUAAUUUGUUGCAUUCUCUUGGUGGCAUGUUAUGUUUAGUGGAAACCAUUAAGGACCAAUAAUGGUAAUGGUUAGCUGAUGACCAUGAGAAUUUCUGUGAUGGUUUCUAUUGGGUUUUUCAUUAAGCAGGGUGGAACAACCAACUCAUAUUUAUCUACAGAGUGUAGCUAUGUUUAGAAACUAUUUCUAAACUAUUUCUAAUCUUAUUGAGGCUGUGAUUCACCUAGGUUGAAGUCAUCCUUGGGAGCGUUAAGCCUUUCCGUAACUCACCAUGGAGUCAUCACCCAUACAUAGCAACGCGUUAUUUCUCUCAUACCUGUUCUCAAACCCUGCCUCGUGCGCUACAAUUGGCUAACAAUACCCUGCAUUCCGGCCCAGGAUUGGCUAGUAUUAUCUGAUCUGCUCUCGGAUUGGAUUCCAAGUCGCGUUGUGGCAAUAUUACAUCCAGCAACCAGGAAUGAUUUCCCCCAGAAACGUGAGUCGAUUCUUGAUUCGAUUCUAUGUAUCUUUUUUUAUUUAUUUAUUUAUUUAUUUUUUUGCGAAUUCAAUAACACAAAGACAGGACACCAGGGGGAUAAUCUUGUAAAACAAACAGUGUAUAAUAUAAUAUGAUAUUACGAAUAUAAAGGGAUCCUGACAUAUUUAUUAAACAUUUAUGAUUAUUUCAUUAGAUAGAGUUAGUAGGCAGACUAAAAAUCCUAGCUUUUCUAUAUUGGCAACCUUUUAUUAAGCCAGUCUUUGUACAGUAAUAAGUAAACGAUUUCACUGUCUUGAACCGAAUCAGUUUCACAGUGGAAUCGACUCUUGGUUCACAAUUCCUUGGAAGGUGAGAAUCGACUCUUUUGGGAAUCGACUCCCAGCACUGCAAGUAGAUUCGAUGGUUAUUAGCAUUUGUGCAAACGACCGUCCACACGACGUCGUACGGGCGUGAGAAAAAGUCUUCGACGGACUUAUAAACGACAGUUUAGAAGAUUUUUCGGGCAGUGGAACUGGUCCAGUUUGUACUGAACUACAAAACGACUCAGAAAGGUGGGAUUAAAAUAACGUCCAUGUUUGCUGGGGGCGUGGCUUGUGGGCGUGUAUGGGGAUAUAGCAACCGCCGCACGAGCCAUGGAACAAGUUUAUGAGGACGCGUUACCAAAACAAAGGCUUCUGUUGGAAGUACGAGGGAAAGCCGGAAAACCGUGGCGUCUCGGAUAUAUUGUAUGUUGUACAAUAUAUUGGAUAUAUUUAUCAAUACCCGUUAAGUGGUUAGCUAAGCUAACUAUGUGUUUUAGCGUACACGCUGUUUAGAAGGUGUUACUUUGAUUAUUUCGGUGGAGGAUGUCUCUAGCCGAGCAGAGCCAGCAGUGGUACCCGACCAGCGUCCAGGUGACGGUCCUUCAGGCGCGCAACCUGCGGGUCAAAGGCAAAAAUGGCACGAAUGACGCGUACGCGAUCAUCCAGGUGGCCAAGGACAAGUUUUCCACCGCGGUGGUGGAGAAGUGCGUGGAGCCUGUAUGGAAGGAAGAAGCCACCUUCGACCUCCCGCUCUUCCACCGCGGGAACGCCGAGCGCUGCACCCUGUACAUCGUAGUCAUGCACCGCGCCCUUGUGGGCAUGGACAAGCUGCUGGGCCAGGCCGUCAUCAACCUGCUGGACCUACAAGACGACAAGGCCCGCAAAAAGACCGAUUGGUACAAGCUGCUGGAUAAGAACAGUAAGGCAGACAAGGAGAGAGGUGAGGUUCUCCUGGACAUCCAGUUCAUGCGGAACAACAUGACAGCCAGCAUGUUUGAUCUCUCCAUGCCAGACAAGCCUCGGUCCCGUAUCUCCAAGCUCAAAGACAAGGUUCGGGGCAAGAAGAAGGACGGACGCGCUGACUCCGCUUCCGCUAUUGUUCCUGCCACAGUUGGUCAGGUCCUGACGGACAGCGAGGGGGAAGAAGAGGGAAGCACAGACUCUCCCAAACUAAAGAAGUCCUCUAAAUUUAAGUCUCUUUUUGGAUCGAAGACAAAUCUCCACAGAGGUGUGUCCCAAUCCAUGUCCACCCUCGGUACCCUGCCUGAGAAGAACAGCUCGCUGACCAGCAGCCGAUCCUCAGGCCUGAAUGAAGAAUCUGCUGAAGGCAAAAACAAGUUCAAGUUUCUGGGCCACAAGAGAAAUGGUAGCACUGACAGCAAAAUAUCUCUAGGCCCUUUCACCCUGCUGAGUCGCUCCAAACAGAGCACUCCUGAGAGCAACCUGUGCAUCAAUGGCAGUCAUGUGUACGCUGAGGACCAGGAGUCCAAGCCGGAUUCUGGUUCAUCCCUCAGCCUGAGCAGCUCUGCGAAGGGUUCUGUAGAAGACCUGCGGAAAUACCACGAACGAAACGCGUCUGCUGGCUCCACUGACUCCUUCAAAGGCCUCAGUAUUCCGAGUUACAAGCCUGACUCGGCGGAGAGGGAAUUCCAAGUCCAACAUCGCCCCCAAGAGGACGAAGAGAAGAAGCACAAGAAGGCAGAAGGACGCCUGCAGGAGCUUUUGGAUGAGCAGGAGCGGAAGAAGCAGCAAGAGCAAGAGGAGAGAAGGAGAAAACUGGAGGAAGACGAAAGAAAGAUGCAGCAGGAACGAGAGAGGAAGCGGCAGGAGGAUGAGGAGCAGCAAAGAAAGAGGCGUGAAGAGGAGGCAAGGAAAGCAGAGGAGCAGAAACGCCAAGAGGAGUCCAGAGUGACUGACAGGCUCACUUCUCUUUUCGGCUUAGGGCGGAAGAAAGAAGAGCAAAUAGCCCCUGCUGUGGAGAGUCCUAAACAACCGGACGUACCAGCUUCAAUAAACCCAUUUGAGGAGAUUCCGCUCGGCUCAGACAACCCAGAUCCAGAGGAGAAAUCAGCAGAUUCGCAGAAAGAGGUGCGAACUGCAUUUACUCCAAUACCACCCUCCAGCGGCUUUCCAGCUCGUACAGCCAAGGUUUCAGCAGUCAAGCCCAGAUCGACUCUCAGUCAGAAGACUGAAACAGAUAAUACUGAUUCCCUUGAAUCCCCUGUCCCCUCAGUCAUCCAGAACUCUCUUCCUACUUCUAUUUUUCCCCCUGAAGCAUCAUCUUCUAGUGAUCCUUUUGAGUCUUUCGAUAUGUUUUCUAACCUCCACUCUUCUAUGGCACCUCCUAAACCCCAGAGAACCUUUUCAGACUCGUCAACAGGCAGCACGGAAAACACCAAUAGCUUGUCUGAGAAAAGGCGCAGAGCCCCACAGUCGCCUAGCUAUCCUGGGGAUCCGUUCAAAAAUGAAAAGCACCACCCAAAACAUGGAGUACAGGUUAAUUCGCCAACCUCCGAGAAGAUUGAACGACCUUCACUUCCUCUUCCUGACUAUGAAGCUCUUUUUCCCAAGAAGAGACAUGGUGUAAUGACCAACACCCGUUGGGAACACGUCAUUGCUGAAGUGAACCAGAGAAAGAUGACUUUUCAAGACAGUAAAAAAGAAAUGAGCGUAGAUGGUCCUGGUGAGCCCAUCUCAAAUAAAUCUUCAAUUUUAAAGGAAAGGAAUACAUCAAUCCUCGACCAGCAUCCCAGAGAUUAUCAGGUGGUGUCCUCUGCCUCCACAAAGGGAAUGGAGCCUAAGCCGCCUCUAAUUCCACCGAAACCAGCUAAUUUGGCAACAUCAAAACAGCACCUUGAGGUUAAUUCUGAGCAAGGCCGUACCCACGAACGAUUAUAUUCUGUACAUGGUGAAAAGACCAAAACAGGUUUGGAAAGAAACCCAGGACCAUCGGUCCAGAGUCCAGAAGACGCACAGAUGAAUGUAAAGGGAACUUUAAACCCCAUUCCUGACCUCACACUUGAUCACAUCUCCAUGCCAAAAAAGGAAAAACCAACACCAACAGCCAGGAGUGCAAAAAAGUCAACUUCACCAGCAGAUCAAAGCUGUGAUAUUGAUACUACAGGGUUGCCUCUAGCCAAACCUAGGCAAGGAGCUCCAAGUAAAGAACCUGUCCGACAGGUUCAACCCGAGCGAAGUAUGCUCGCUUUUACAUCCUCAGCAAGUUCUCAAGCAGAAAGAAAAAACACAGGUUCUGUGACGACUAAGAGUUUGUGGGAGGAUGUAGCCUUUGAAGAAGGAAAGCUUAACCCUGUAAAUAAUACCGAUAAAACUGUUAAUGUGGCAAAAGAACAACCCUUUACAAAUGUCACAAGUGCUCUCGAGAAACAAAUGACUGAAGUUGACCCUUUCCCGAGUGCCGAGUUAAUCUCUCAAGAUCCGUGGGCUUUACCACAAGAGAACAUGGAUCAAGAUGACUUUUUCACUGGUGGUCUGAAGAAAGGAAAAAAGCUUGAAGAUCCGAGAUUAUCCUCCGAUGACUUUGAUAACAUCUUUGGAUCUGUUGCAUCUAAGAAUGAAAUGGAUCCAUUCUUUGUACCCAAAGACGAAGCAAGUAUGUUCUUUGAAUCUGUGGGCUCUAAAGAUGAAACGGAUAUGAAAAAAUCGCAUAACUCGAGCCCUUCCCCCCAGAAGGUAUAUUCACAAAAGAAAAAGCUAGCACCUAAGCCCCCUGAGAAGCCUGUAAUAAAAGAUUCAUUCCUUCAAGAGGCUGAUGAUGUUGAAAUAACUGUUUCUAGUCUUGCUGGCCCAAAGGGUGGUGAAACUACAACAGCCACCUCAUUGUCUUCAGCUUUUCCAGAACUCCUGUCUGGAAGUGCAUCUGGGGGCAAAAGCACACUCUGUGCCUGGAUUUCACCCUCUGAGGUUCAGUCAGGCACAUCACAUAGCAGUGGAAGUGGUGGGGUAUUGACCUCUCGCAGACCACACCCAGUGAAACCUUUGAGUCCCUAUGAAAGUCAGUCUCCUGGUAGUAUUUCCAUGGGAAAAGAUUUGAAGAUUCAAACCAUCCGCGAAGUGGCUGAAAAAUCAAAGCCCGUAGAGAGCGGACCAUACACCCAGCUCACUCAGGAAGAGUUGAUCACCCUGGUGGUGAAGCAGCAAACUGAGCUAUCCAAAAAGGAUGAGAAGAUCGUUGAGCUGGAAGAAUACAUCGAUAAUCUGCUGGUCCGCAUCAUCGACGAAAAACCCAGCAUCCUGUUGGCAAUGAACUCCAAGGUUUAGGGAGGAAGAAGUUCUUCACUGUGACACUAUGAGGUGGAAGAUAACCAAACCUACUAUCUAUACAACAUUGCAAUACAAUGUUUUGAUGAGAUGAGAUGAGAUGAGAUGAGAUGAGCUUCCUAGGAACCAAAACCUUCCAAAAUGAUAACUUUUUUUUGUUAUAGAGACAGAUUAUACUCUAUGGUUUCACAUUCAGGCUUUUUAGUUUGAUUUGGUUGAGCUUUUUCAGACAGGUGAAAGAGUGUAAAAUGAGUGAAGUAGGACAUCUGUUGCUCUGGACUAAUAUCUGUCGAGUCUGAAGAUGAAACCAAGGAAGGUUUUUUUUUUUUUUUUUUUUUUUUUUUUUUUCCCACUAUUCAUAAAGCGGUGACAUGAAGGAUUAACAAUUUUAUGGUGGAAUUAUUUGUUAGUGUGUUUGUUUUAUUGUUCUACAAAGCACAUAUUCAAUAAUGGACAGAUGAAAAAAUUUGUUUGGAUUCAUUGUAGCAUUAUAUUGAUCACUGGAUGAUUAUAUAUGGUUUUUUUUUUUUUUUUACCCCAACACUGAACUACAUUUGACUGGUGUUUGGGUUGUUUAAUAUUACAGUGGUGUCACAGAAUCAGCACCCCACCUCCCUCCGCCCCCAAAAAUAUCAUUUUGGAAAGAGUGUGUGUGUGUGUGUGUGUGUGUGUGUGUGUGUGUGAUUUUGAUUAUUGUACUUCAUGAUGAAAUGAGUAUGAUAUUUGUUGCCCCUUCACACCAUUAACACUGGAUCUUCUAUCAUCUGACCUUUGCCUGACCCAGCUAUAGGUUGUACUCCUUGUCAGCUGAAGAUUAGAAUUAGUUCAGUAACUUCAAACCUGCCCAAAACGUACACGAUGGAAUUUCCCCAGUUGUUACGUGAUUUCAUUCGUGCUAGAAGAUAUUAUCGCAUUAAUUGUUCAUUGUUAUUUAUUGUCUUGGCUGCUGUCUUCAAGAGUUUUAAAGAGAUUUUUAACCCAUCUCUGCUGUAUUAAAAUAAAUAUUUUCCUAACUAUAUAGUGUACUAAUAUUGCAACUCUCAGCCCAUGUUAUGGUACUAUGACAUCACUGCUAUAUAACACUAUGUCCAUGUUUAUCAGUCCGACCUGAUCAUGGUUGAGCUAUACUAGUGUUCUAGCAAUUCCUGAUUGAUGCUUUAAGAUCAACUGCAAUAAGACUAUCAUUUAUUUUGUAUACAUA